AAGCACUUAGAAAGGCCGGCACGGUACACGUGGUGGGUGCCCGGUGCGACGCCAAGCCGCCUUUGUCUCCCCGGUGGCGAUGUUUACUACACACCGCACUAGGUACUCAUUUGAGGCCGAGUCGACCUAGGCGAGGCCCAGGACCGGUUCAGAUAAUCGGCCCCCAUAGCGGCCAUGACACGGGGACGGUGAACUUGGGCCGCGCGUGACGUCACGUGACCCGCGACACCGGAAGCUCGCGAAAGGGGCGGGACCCAAGCGGAAUCUCGGACUGUGACAUCACCGUGACGCGAAAGACCGACAUCCGGUUUCGUGGCUCGUGCGCUCAGUGUUGGGAAGACCGCGUGGAGGAGGCGGAAGUCAGCAGCUGGAGCCACUCCGAGCGGACACUCGAACAGAGACCUAGACGGUGUGAGACGCAAAACACUCUGGUAGUCCUGCUCUACACGUCGCCAACAUGGAGAUGAGCCGAUGUACCAAGAGAAAAAGGAAAUGCGUGAGAUGGAGUGCGCUCUCAGACUCAAAAGGAGGAGCCUCUAUCAAGUGCAAAACCCCGCAAGGUAAAACAGGAGCACCUAAAUUUUCGGUAUGAGGUGCUGAAGACAAUUGGGGAGGGCGGUCAAGGCAUAGUGGUCAAGUGUCUUGACCACAUGACAAACAUCCUGGUGGCGGUGAAAAUACACGGAACUCCAUUGAGCGCCAUUGAUAAUAAUUUCCAGUUGAGGGAGAUAAAAAUCGGGAUCAUACUUCAGGAGAGUGACACCGACGACUCCAACAUCAUCAAGAUGUUGGAUUGGUUCCAGUUCAGGAAGCACUACACCAUCGUCUUGGAGCUGUUGAGUGGAACUUUGGAUGAUUGGAUUGGUAACAGGAAAGCCAAGUCCCUUCGGAUGGAGAUGGUGAAAAUCUACACCAAGGGGAUCCUCACGUCCCUACGUCACAUCCAUUCAAAGACAAUCAUUCACGGUGACCUCAAGCCUGAAAACAUAUUGGUCAAGGACUGCGUGGCAGGGACCAUAAAGGUCACCGACUUUGGACACAGCUUCGUUGAGGGUUAUCAAACCUCCUUGAUCUUCGGUACCGUCAAGUACAUGUCUCCGGAGGGAUUCUUGGGCUACUCGUCCACCAACUCGGUUGACAUGUGGGCUCUGGGAUGCACGGUGGCGAAGAUAGCAACCGGAAAAUCCAUCUUCGAACCCAUAAACUUCUACGAUCAGUUGGUGUGCUGCAUGGAGGUACUGCCCACACAGCAGCACUUCACUCUUGAUUCAUAAUACAUUCUUGACCAAGUAACGAUUUGGUCAUCCGUGCAAGCACUUAAAGCGCCACUUGUAGUUUAAGCUCACCCACCACCAGUAAGUUGAAGAGCAAUUCUCCAAAUUAAGUCUAGUAAUGAGAAACAUUUCCCUUGAAGCUACAUCCAGCACAUUCAGGACCAUAACGUGUGCACACAAUGGCCUACUCUUUUCGAAUAACGUCAUGGGGUCUUUAACAUCUGCUGCGAAUAUAGCAGACGGCACGUACAACUUUACGGUUUGUACAUCGCAAGUAAAAAUUGGGCGGCCAGAUCUGAACCAGGAAACUCUGCAACGGGAGGCAGAUGUGCUACUGCUGGGCCAUGCCACGACCACUACCCUGCACCUGUGGGUGAACCGUGGGGAGUAGUAGCGUAGUGGUUAGCGCACUGAGCUAUGAACCUGGUGACCCGAGUUUGAUUUCUGCUUACAGGCAACAUUGUUAACAAAUACCUGAACUGGACACAGGCCGACAGCGUUAAAUGAGCACCUGGCGCUAUGGAACCAAUCCCCUAGUGUGCUGCGCUGGCCUUAAUAGGUGCUCACCAACAGUACUCGCUACAACAGUCAGUUGCGUUUAUAUGAAGGAACUUUGUUUUUGUGUGAACCGCGUGUAGGUCCUGGGGCUGCCUCCGGACUACUUGGUGAAUAAUGCUCCUAAAAGAAAUAAAUACUUUGGUAAGUUUAAGGGACAAGCUGACUGGAAUACAUCUAAGGCGGGAGGGCCCAGGGCUGUUGUAUCUUUGGGGGGGCCCUCUUUGUAUAUUAAAUUCCUUCUAUGCAGUUUUUACAUCAUGGUUCGUAAUUUUCAGGCAAGGCCACGUAAUGAUCUGACCAUUUGUGCCGAUGAGAUCCACCGCCACCCGACAGCCAAACAAAUGAAAGUUGAACAUGUAAAGCUUUUUUAUGAGCCAACUGUUCUUGUUUCAGCUCAACCACUGAUAAAUUCUUGAACAUCGAUUUUCACAACCGACUUUCACCAUUAAGCAUCAGCAGAGAUCCAGGAAAUCGGCCUGAAAAUCUUGUACAUGUGGCAAUUUGGUCUUACAGCAAAAAAAAUGGCUCAGUCAUUAAGUGGUCUGACCCAAAAAUCAACAAUGCAUCAUACAUAUUUUCCUUUGUCUUACCAACACCAAUGCCAGAUGAUGCAAAACACUCCAUUAUGAUUCACAUUGGUUAUUUGACUUAUGCAUUUCAAAUGUGUAUAAAUUGUAAAGUUCAGUCUUAGUCAAAAUAACUCACAUUUGGCGGGCCAUUAUGUUAGUGUUCCAGUGUAAUCCUAAUGGAGUAAUUUGCAGCUUCAAUUUUCACAUUGGCAAAACUUGGUCCGUAAUGCUGGCACAAAAUGGCCUACUUCACAGAAUCUGUAGCGUCCACCGUGAAACAAACUGCAAAUUUGUUGUGGUUAAUGCACCCCUGCAGUAUAACCAGGGUGGCCUGCCAGAUGGUAACCACAAACUUUGGCAACAGGUGGCAAAAUCGCAACUGCUGGGGUUGGGGGCCCACACAGUGUGAUUGGCCCCUGGCCCUGCACCCACCUAUGGACAGCCCUGCUUACAAGCAGUACAUUCCUUUGCCAAAUUUGGACCUUGAUGCCAGCCUACUCUCGCAAAGUACGUGAUAAGAUCUUUAACAUCCUCUAUGAAGCAAACAGCGAGUAUUUUUAGGGUUAACGCACCCGCAGCAUUAACCAGAGCGGCCACUGAAUUCGCACCGUGAACCUCUGCAACAAGUGGCAAACAAUGCGCGAACGCUGGGCCAUGUCACAGGAGAUGAGCUCAUGUGGCAUUGGAUGAUGUGGAGCUGGUUGGACUUGCUGAUGACUUUUACCAGCGGUGUUAAGAUCGGUUUUGUGAAAGACGACACAAGGCAGUGCCAGGCAAGGUGCACUUUUAGGCUACCGGGCAGUUGGA